CGGGUGACAGGCCGCGGUUGGGUCGACAAAGAGGGGUCGAUUCAUCUGCCCACCUUCAAAAACUUCAAGUCGUCGUCUCCCUCGUUUAAUCCUGAAGUCUUGUCGCUUAACAUUUCUUCAGCAAGAAGUUAUCCCAGGGUCUUGGCUUACAUCUGAACCCACUCAGCAACGCGUCCGAGUACGACAUAUUGCUACCAUGGCUGCUGCACCCGAGGAGCAUCCCGAGGAAUUCCUCGUCGCUGAUGACGAAAUCUCUGACAGCGAGGUGGAUCUCGAAAGUCUUCGCUCAGAAACCACAAGUGUGAAAAGCUCAAUCCUCGAGUAUCGGAUAGAGAAUGGCAGGUCGUAUCAUAAGUACAAGGACGGCAAAUAUGCCUUUCCCAACGACGACCAAGAGAAUGAGAGACUCGAUAUGCAGAGCGAGAUCUGUAAUCUCACCUUUCAUGGCAAGAUGGGAUUUGCGCCGCCUGCGGAGGAAGGCGCCAAUGUUGGGCGCAUCCUGGAUCUUGGCACAGGAACUGGGCUAUGGGCCAUAGACUAUGGUGAUCAACACCCCGAAACAGAGGUUUUAGGCGUUGAUCUCUCGCCAAUUCAGCCAAGAGACGUCCCGCCGAACGUCCACUUUGAGGUCGAUGAUGUUGAAGAGGACUGGCUCUACUCGAGACCUUUUGAUUACAUUCACAUCCGCUUCCUGAAUGGUUCGAUUGCCGAUUGGAAAAAGCUGGUCACUAAGGCCUACGACAAUCUUGUUCCUGGUGGCUACUUCGAGAUUCAGGAAAACGAUUUUGUUUUCACCUCUGAUGAUGAAACUCUGGCACCCAAGGCACCUCUCGCUGAGUUCGGCAGAUUGGUUCGGGAAGCCGCCGCAAAGUUCGGACGUGCCUUCGUUCCCUGUCCCGAAUUGAAAGACAUCUUGACCGAGGUCGGCUUCGAGGACGUCGUUCUCGACAAGUUCAAGUGGCCCUCUAACCCCUGGCCCAAAGACCCUUAUCAUAAGACGAUUGGCCAGUGGAAUUAUCACAAUUUUGUGGACGCUGCAGAGGCUCUGGCUCUAGCCCCUCUGACGCGCGCACACGACUGGACUAAAGAAGAAGUUCAGAUAUUCCUCAUUGACGUCCGGAAGGAUAUGAGAAACCCCAAAGUACACUCGUACAUGCCGAUCUACACUAUUGUUGGCAGAAAGCCUUUGAAGAAGGAUGCCCCUGCUGCACCUCAAGCUUAGAAAAUAUUGAUAUAGCCGAGAGUUGAAGGGGAUCAAGGUGCCAAGGACGACCGUCGACGACGAGCGGGUAGAAGUGAGUCGACUGGGCGGGGUGAGCGCCCCAACAAUGCACAUCGAUACUAGAUUUCCGAUACCAACACCAUUGUCCGAUGAGAUUUCCGCACUUGGCCAAGCUCCUUUCUUACCGAGACUGGGCAUAGUGACUGAGCUAUCGAAAACUCGUAAACAUGGAUGAGGGUUUGGCGCACCGCGGACACGGGACGGCUUCCGAUAGUGGGCAGUCCAGAUUUUGCGGUUGCAGGGGUUGAAUGACUGAAGUGGCAAGUGGUUAGAUCGCGGGAUGCUGUUGGAAGUUGUCUUCACAUGCCCAUGUCGCAUUCUUUGUCUCUUCAUUCGACC